AUGGAUGCCGAGCGCUUCGACACUUCCGUUCCUCUCUGGAUUCUGCAUGUGGACGGCUCGGCAAACCAGCAAGGCUGUGGUGCCGGCUUGGUGUUAACCACUCCGGACGGUAGCAAAGUCGAGUAUGCCCUCCGAUUCAACUUCCGGACCUCCAAUAACGAGGCAGAGUAUGAGACUCUCUUGGCCGGCCUUUGGCUAGCCAAGAGCAUGAGCGCGAGGCAGAUCAGCAUUCAAGGAUGCCUCUAUGUGAAUCAGAUAACGGUAGACUUUGCAGCCAAGGAUGCCUCUAUGUCAGCUUACCUAUCGGCAGCUCACCAACUACUGGAAAAAUUUCAGGCGUACGAGGUACGGCAGAUCCCGAGGUCAGAAAACAGCCACGCCGAUGCGCUCUCCCGUUUAGCUUCGGCAAUAAAUGACAAGAUCGGAAGGAAGGUACCGGUGGAGAUAUUAUCCCAACCAAGCACGACAGCUAGUGAGGUGUGUACCGUUCGGUACGAGGACACAUGGAUGUCUCCGAUCUAUGCCUUCCUGACAACCGGAACCCUUCCUAAGCUCGAAAACUCCGUUACCGAUCUGCAAGAUACAAAGUCAUCAACGAUGUUCUGUACAAGCGAGGCUACACCACAUCGUAUCUAA